AUGGCGACGGAGGGUUUGCACAUGGACCUCGACCAGGAAGAACAGAGUGUGUUUGGAGGGAUUCUGGGGAAACGAGCCCUACAGACAGACUUGACAGAGAAUCCAGCCAAAUAUCAGCAUCCAGGCGGCAAAGGCCCUCCGCCGAAUCGGAGCAGCGGCGGCACGCGCCAACAACAGCAACCGUUGACGGGACGCGGCCGCCAUACGGCCCCCUUUCAGGGGAGCCGGGGCCGCGACGUCCCAGACAAUCGCAAUGGACCCUCCAAGAUGCCUUCGGAAGAUCAUGCUCUGCUGCACCGAGUUGCAAAGGCCCUCAUCGUCCAAGCGGACUAUCUGUCGCGCCUUCAGAGCGACCACACCGUCAUCUUCACGUUUCGAACAGGCAGCGGCCCACAGUUGAUGGUGCCGCUUCUCCAGGAGGUCGCGACAACUUGGCGCGAACAACGUCAGCAGAACAAGGUGACCCGCUCCCUGAAGCAAACUCUCAUCCAAUAUCUUGCGGCAGAACUCGUGACCAGGAUCAAUGCAUUCGCGGCCGACACCGAGUCCCAGCGGAAAGCCCAGGAAUUAGGAUGGACUACGUCGGAGGGGGAGUUCAACUUCUUGGACUGGGACUUCGAGGAGAAGAAGCUCGUCCCCCGGCAGGCGGAGACGCUCACCACGACCAGCCGCAACGCCAAGCCCGACUCGACAUCCGAGACAGCGACAUUUGUGUUGGAACUGUCCAUGCAGCAACCAGAAGCAUCGGAGGCGAUGGCGAUCUUCCGGAAAUGGUAUGCCAACUCAGCGCUCCUGCUCCUCUCUCUCCGGCUCAAACCGGCCCGCCCAGAGCGGUCGCCGUUGAUCAAGGAGAUCCAGGAGGCCUCUCUUGAGCGGUCACUGCAAGAUUUGUUGAGUGAUCCUGUCCCUAUACCUGGAGAGCGACUUACCAUCCCUGAUCUUCCCGGGUGGCACUCUCUCCUCAGCGGCUGGACGAACAUGCAUCGCCAGCAGGACUGCCUUGAGCUCAUACAUCACUUGUUUGACCAACAUUGCCCAGCACACAUGCGAUGUCAGUGGGAGGCAAGACCGAUACCAGGUACUGUUGCAGCUCGCAGACCCCUUAUAAGUGGUCUUUUCAGCAUUGACCUCCCCCUCCCUAAGAAAACCUCCAGUGCCACCAUCCAAGAAUGCAUUAUCAGCUGGCACGAACAGAGGAUUCCCCACGGCCUUCUCCAACCACCGCCUUACCUGCUAGCCAGCCUUGCCCGAUAUGCAAACCCCACCAAAGGGAAAAAUAAGACGCGUGUCCCUUGUAAGGCCAUGCAGCAAGUCAGCUUUCCCGUCUUUCGAGGUCCUGGACAUGAGAUCCAAUGGGCCACCUACGAGCUGGUGGCGGGGAUUUUACACCUGGGGCCCUCGCCCCAGCAAGGCCACUAUCGUGCAUUUCUUGCGCAUCCACGUGAUGCCCACAACAUUGCAUCCCAGGUGUCUGCAGCUUCACGGCCCGGAGAUGUGGCACUUGCAGGUGCAACGGGGAUUUCGGCCCCUCGGGGAGACCGUCGGCCCCUUCGGGGAGCCUGA